GUGUCUACACGGUCAGCAGGACUGCUCCUGACUAGAGUGUCUACGUGGCCAGCUGCCGCUGCCCGAGGAGAGGGGGAGUCAAGGACCUCACGGCGAGGGAUGAUUCCAGAUGCAUCUGCGGCAGGAAGGACCCCCUCGGUGGUGUUCCUUACACUGCCGCUUGGUUCCCAAACAGCUUCCCCCUGGCACCUGGGUGUGCCUCGGCUUCCCUGUGCGGGUGAUCGUGCCCUUGGUGUGCAUCUCCCGCCUGUGCCGAGGGCGCCCCCGCUCACAGCCCAGGGGCGAGGCCCGCGCGUCCUGGGACAGCUGUGUGGUGUCGGGGCGGGACAGGUCCUGCGCGGGAGCACGCAGGCGGGCGGCCCCCAGACAGACUGUGCAAGCGUGGCUGUGGCAGCGCGCUAUCGCGGGGCUCUGAGGCCGGAGGCUGGAGUGGGUCUCACGGGGUGGCACCAAUGCGUGGCAAUCUGGGUCCGCCCCCGCACCCGAGGAAACGGUUCCCUUCCCUCCCAGGCGCUAGCUCCGCCUCCUGCUCUGAGCUCCUUGCUCCGCGCUCCAAGCUCGCAGCACUGUGUUCCGCCUCAUGUGGCGUCCUCUUCUGUGGCGGCUCCCCCUCUGCCUGUCCUCCAGACCCCCGGGGUGACACCCGCCCUUCUCCCAGGCCCCCGGGGUGACACACACCCCGCCAACUCAUCCAGGAUGUCUCCCCUUGCGAGACCCUCCGUUCGCCCCGUCUCGGAAGCCUGUAGGGCCGUGGUCACCGGUUCCGGGCAUGAGGGCGUGGACAUCCCCCGGGGCCCACGGAAGUUACCCACACAGCCCUGUGCCCCCGGACGCUUGCAGGAGGAGCUGAACUCUGCUCCGGAGGAGACGGUUUUAACGUUUGGACCAGAGUGGGCUCGCAUAUCAAUUGCUGAGCGGGGACUUUUAACCUAAAAGGGGUCAGAUCACAAAGUUAGAGGUCACCCUGGUCCAACGCAGACCGGAGUAAGAACUGACCUGUGUUCAAGGGACACAAGGAAGCCCAGGGGCCAUCAGGCUGAGCCGCAGUGCCCACGUGCCCAACAGGCCACCUUUGAUGGCCAGUCCCCCGGGCACGGCCACCUGGUGACCCACGGCUUCUCUGCAGAAGGAACUUUCCAGAACCCCUGGAGGAAGUGGUUUAGGGAAGGCCCUGAAGGAUGACACUGCUCACGCUCGGGUGGGCUUCACACACGCUCUGGGAUUUGUUAGACCUCAGUGCUGGUGGCUGCAGAGCCGGGGCACACACAUCAGUCAGACUGGGUGCUGUGUGGGCGACCCAGGCUCGGUCAGGGUACCCUGGGGGUGACUCUCUCUGCUUGACUAGAGGGAAUCAAGGGCUUGGCUGUAAGGUGGUCUGGGCGGGUCCGGAAGGUCUGCAGUGGACGACGUCUGCCUGGUAGGAGCUCACAGAGCAGCUGCUUCCGACCCCUCAGAGGGGGUCCCAGGAGGCCGUGCGCUAGCAGCAGCUAGGGGUGCCGCAGGGAGCAGGCCUGAGGACCAGGGUUGGGCAGGAGGGCCGGCAGCACCCAGAGGACUGACAGGAGGGGGCCACGCACACAAAGGGCUUGCAGCUCAUGGGCACGCACACAACAAGCUUGCAGCCCACGGGCACGCAGCAGGCCGGCUGGCAAGAGCUGGGCAUGCAGCAGGCCACCUGGCAGGGGCUGGGCAUACAGCAGGAUGCCUGUCAGGGGCUGGGCACACAGCAGGACACCUGGCAGGGGUUGGGCACCCAGCAGGCCGGCUGGCAGCUGGUGGAGCAGCUGGUGUGGCACAUGGUGACUCGGCGCUGGAGUGGAGUCAGGCGGGAGGACGGGGCUGGUCUGGAGCCUCCAUCCCCAGGAGGCCUUUACCCCCGGGCUGUGGCGUCCUGGCAACAAGCCACACGGGGGCCUUCCUCCCAGGGACCUGGCUCUCCUCCUCUUCCUCCUGUGUGCGUCUCUUCCUGGAGGCUCUGCUGGAAGUGACUAGGUUCAGGAAGCUCUGUCUCAGCCCCGAGGCUCACCGUGACCCUGUGAUUUCUGGACUCAGAGCCCAGGUUGGAUGGAAAAGGACCGUCCGCAGGGACAGGGGACUCCACCUCAGGAUGUUCAAGGUCCCCCCAAGUUUACAUCCCCUGCCCCUGUCUGCACAAGCACCGUCCUACUCGCUAGACUGGCCGUGGGAAGUGGGGGGUGUCUCCCGUUCUGACUUGGAAACCCAGCGAUCCAGAGGGUCUUCCCAACAGGCCGGAGCCAGGUGGCCAGGCUCCUCCUCAGGGAGAGCCGUGCUGAUGUUGUUGCAACAGCAGUAAUGAGGGGCCAUGCCGGGCGCCGUCCUAAGCGUCCUGUGGGGAUCCACACCUGCCACCGUUUAGGGGUGGGUGGGCCACGUGCACGGAUGUGCAGUGAGUUUGGAAGGGCCUCGGCUGGGUGCACGUUCUCCCCGCAGUGCCGCAGCGGAUCUGAGCCAGCUGGUUUCACUCUGGAGCCUGCGGUCCUCACCAUCGUGCCCAGUUGUGCUGAGGCGUUGGGGGUUUUCUGAGCUGCCAGUCUGACGCUGUGCGCCUGCGGCCGAGCGCCCACACCGAGGACUCCCCGCUGCCCCCGGGGCAUCCCCACCUCUGCAGCAGUGCC